ACCAUUGUUUCGAGCGAUAAUGACAACAUAUAUGAUAAAAUUUUUUGAAAUUAAUAGUUACAACGAAUCAUUUUAAAAAAAAUGAAGUUAUAUGUGGCGUUGACACUUUUCUUCCCCAUUUUGGGCCAAACCCUAAACUUAAGGCCGAAUUUCACCAAAUUAGGGCACAACAAGAUCGUGGGUGGUGAAGACACCACUAUAGAGGAACACCCUUACCAAGCCUCUCUCCUUUUCUUUCAUAUGCACAUAUGUGGAGGAUCCAUUUUGUCUACAAGGUGGAUUUUGAGCGCUGCACAUUGCACCACUUUGGAUUUGGGUUUUAGUCAUACCCCAAUACGAGGACUAUCAGUGCGCAUGGGCAGUAACACACUGGAGUCAGGAGGUGAAGAAGUGACUGUGUUAAGGGUGUACGAUCAUCCGUCCUUUUUAAUAAGUCAACCGAGAGGACUCGAUUAUGACGUCACUUUACUAUAUUUGGCACGAGAUAUCAGUUUUUCCGUAGCUGUACAGCCCGUCAGGUUGCCUGAGGAAAAUGAGGUUUAUUCACCCGGGACUAACGCCACAGUCACCGGCUGGGGUUUGACAAACCAGUGGGGCACAAUUUUACCAGAAAUCUUACAAAAAGUGGUGGUACCGAUUAUCAGUAACCAGGACUGCGAAACCAUGUACAACACAUGGUUUAUUUUUGAUUACAUAACGGACAGGAUGCUCUGUGCAGGUUACCCGGAAGGACAAAAGGACGCAUGCGACGGUGACUCUGGUGGGCCAAUGAUCGUGAAUGGCACCUUGGUGGGGGCGGUGUCUUGGGGCUACGGCUGCGCCCUUGAAAUGACUCCCGGGGUUUACGUUAAUGUCACCACGGUCAGAGGCUGGAUACGGGAAGUGUCUGGGAUUUCAUCGUUCUGUACCCCAAUAAGCCCCAGCCUAAAAAUAGUGGGUGGAACACAAGUCACAAUAGAAAACUACCCUUAUCAACUGUCAAUGCAGUACCAGGGAAGACAUAUUUGUGGGGCGGCAAUUUUAAAUCCAAAAUAUGUUCUUACGGCUGCGCAUUGUACACAUCAAAUAUCCGUGUCCGGAGUGACAUUUCGUGCGGGCUCCACCGACCGCUCCCAGGGUGGUCAACUAGUAAAAGCAAAAUCCAUCCAAGAACAUCCAAAAUUUAAUGUUGACACCGUUGACUAUGACGUGGCUGUGGUGGAAAUCACCCCCAAGUUGGUUUUUAAGGAGAAAAUCAAAAAUAUCGCUUUGGGGGUAAGGGAACCCCCUGAAGGUGCAACAGUAAAAGCAAGCGGAUGGGGUACCCAAAGGGAAAGUAGUAAAAGGAGCCCAACAGAGCUUAGGGCUGUAGAGGUGCCGAUUGUUAGUAGAGCGAGCUGCAAAAGGGCUUAUCGGAGACAAGCCGAGAUUACUGAAAGGAUGAUCUGCGCAGGUGUUUUCCUUAAGGAUUCUUGUCAAGGAGACUCGGGGGGUCCUUUAGCGUAUCAAGGGAAACUUAUAGGAAUCGUUUCCUGGGGGUUUGGAUGUGGACGUCUCAAAUACCCGGGGGUUUAUACCAACGUUAACGACAAGGAAAUUCGGAGUUUUAUUAAAAGGACUGCUGGCGUUUAAAUAAAGGGUGUGACAUACGCGAUUUAGUCCUCAAUAAAGUGCCGUUUCGAGAUUUCAAAAAUACUUUUGUUGCGAGAAAAAACAAAAUGUAUGCAAAGUUUGUUAAAUAUAUAUUUUUAUUUAA